AUGCUAACGUGUUGCAGUUCCGAGAUACAAUGGAGCCUGUCAUCUCGCACUACGAGCUUCAGGGUACCACGGUCGUCAUCCAGAUAGACUCGGUUCCGUCUGACGUGUUUCUGUGCAUCAGCUUUCGGAUCCGCGUUGGCUUCAAGGUGGGCGGGGCCAGCAAGUCUCUGUUGACUGUUUCUGAGCCUCAGGACAAAGGAAGUUUGUGUAGCGAAGCCUUCUCCUAUACGGAGCAGAAGCUGCAGCGCUUCUGUGUGGCUGACCAGUGCCAAUGCAUGACAGCCGCGUGUGCGACCUACAGAGCCAACCCCGACUUGACCUUGACUGCUGCCAAACGCCUCCAGGAAACGUGUCAGCCUCACAUCAAAUACGCUUAUAAACUGCAAGUCAAGUCUUCGCAAACAGAAGGAGACUUUGUGACCUUCACAGCCAACGUGCGUGAAGUCCUCAAGAACACAGAUCCAGGGUUCGAGGCGUUGAGUUCCGGCUCGGAGGUGGAGCUCAUCAAGAAGGUGACGUGCGACCUGGUCCACGUGGCGCUAAACCGGCAGUAUCUGCUGAUGGGAUCCAGCGGGUCCGAGGUGCGAGUGGGCCACGCCUCCAGGUUCCGCCUCCCCCUGGACGCCGAUGCCACACUGGAGCCGUGGCCCACCCAAUGUGAAGAUCCGGUCUGCACAGCGCAAACUGCCAGCAUGGACGAGUACGCUCUCGACCUACAGCUCUUCAGCUGUCCGAAGCCCUGAUGGCGUCACGUGACGUCGGCAGCAUGCCGCGGCAUAAACAUGGCGGCAGCAAGAGGAGCGGUAUCUUGACAGCAACUUGAUGUAACGUCAGCUGGACAUUGACGAUACCUUGACAUCAUCAUGACAUGACAAAAUGAUCAUCGCAUUACUUUGACAACACAAUUUAUGUCAAGACAUAGUCUUGAUAUCACGAUAUAAUAAAGGCUCACAGAAUCACGACAACACUGACAACGUAAAAUCACCUUGACGUCACGACAAAACUGUAACAUGACGAGAAUGUGACAUGACGGACGAACCUUUGACAUGAUGACUGCUUGGCGUGAUGUGACAUCACUUUCACUGAUGAAAAACAUGGAUGACACACGUGUCAACAGGAAGUGACUCGCUUUGCAUUGACUUUUUUGAACAACGCACAUUGAGUGUUCACAAUUCUAUGAUGCCACGCGUCAAAUAAAAUGAAAUGCCAUGAACAACUAA